GGCCACUACCACGAGCAUGGGCGUCGUAACAGAGCGCAGGCAGCAGCAAGCGCGAAGGAUACGUAUCUGAUGCUAGGUGCCAUGGUUCUAAUUGGCAUUUGGCCGCUCACAAGGCUUGUCCGGAUAUUGCAGCAACGUCAACCUCCUCACAGCGCACGUAGAUGGGAGCUGCAUCAGGCCCACAGCUUCCUCAACCUAUCACGAUCUUCGAGUAAAGGCGGUAAGAAUGCCACUCUGGGUGCCUAAUGUCCACCAUUGGACAUCGGAGCAUCUCUUACCACUGACCGCCCUCAUCCGACAUCGUGAACAGUACAAGAAGGCAUGACACCCUACAUCGAGGUGUCUCACUUACCAUCUGCAACAUCAUUCUAUUCCGCAGUCGUUCAACCACUUGGUUUGAAGGCUAUUGCACCAAAAUCCGAGUCAGAUUCGACUCUUCUCCCGACAGCGGUGGGGUUCGGGGGAGUAGACAACGCUGCCGUCUUCGAGAUCCGCCAAACGUCGAACCCGCUAAAGCCUCCUCGACUCUCAUCGCUCACUCUUGCUGUGCCUUCGAACUCCGCCGUGACCAGGUUUCACAAGUCGUGGCUCAAGGCUGAGCCACCAUCCUGGUCCUUGUUCAGGGACAAUCGGGGGCUCGAGAAGCUACCAGGCGAAAGACACCGGGCGCUUCAAGGCCCGUGGUCAGUGCAGGAGGGUGGGGAGACAGCUGUUAGAGCUAUCGUUUUUGACCAAGACGGCAACAAACUCGAAGCUUGGUGCCCGGGUACCUCAUCACGACCAGGUGCUCCCGAGGUCGUCAAGUGGACAAACCCUUUUGAUCGCCAGAUCUCACAACAAGACUUCCCAAUACAGUCCCGGGCGCGUUCGCAGUUUACCAGCAACGCUUCAUCAGAGCACAGCAGAUCCCAAACUACGGCAAUGAGGCCACCGCAAGUAUCCCCGGCGCACAGCGCCAAUCAUACUUCGGGUCCAAGCACACGCUCCUCACAGGAGGAGGCUGCUGCUUCUCAGAGCGAGUCUUCUUACGGGGGCGCCUUCAACACCACGACUAUGGUGGGAGCAUUGCUCGGAGCCGCCGCAGGCGCUGCUCUAACAUACGGCUACGUGACUGGGAACCAGGAUCCCAGCGCUAGCGAGGAGCAUGAACCUCAACGGCAACGAGUCCUGCCAAGGCGGGCAACAUUUCCUGAGAAGCCAGUCAUUGCACAUCGCUAUCCACAUCGUCGUCCACACGAGAAGAGAGAUCUGGAUGGCUCCAGUAUUCCGCGUCGCUUCUCUACAGCUGAUGCCAGACAUCUACCCUCGGGAGACGGUUAUGAUGAGGCUAUGGAUGAUGACAAUGUUAGCUAUGGCGUUGAACCAGUUCACGAACCUCGCUACCUGACGUAUCCGCCGUUGCCAGCCUCUGUGGCCAGUCACACCUACACUAGAGCGCCUUCGACGGCCAGAGCGCUUGACAAUGGCGGAGAUUUAAGGGAUCACCGCAGCCGAGUUUCGACACAUGCACCAGAUGGCGCACGUGAGUAUCGAAGCCGCCCUCCUUCAAGUGUGGCCGAAGAUACACACGACCGUCGAAGCCGCCCUCCUUCAAGUGUGGCCAAAGAUACACACGAUCGCCGAAGCCGCGCCCCUUCGCGUAUGGCUGAGGAUGCAAGCGCUCGUCGUAGUCGACCUUCUUCGCGAGUUAGUGGUCGCCGUAAUAGCACCGGACGGGCUCGAAGCGAGGUUGCCCAUGAGCGAGUGCGCCACCCGGCCUAUGACCAUGAGAGGGACUAUCAAAGCGUCGCCGCUCUGCCCAGAAGGGCUCCUGGAUCCACGGUUUCAAGACCUCCCCUAACGAGAGUUUUUCGUCCGCAUUACGAAUCGGAUCAAGAAACUUUUGUGUCGGCACGAAGCCACCACUCGGCAUCAACUGUGCGCAGCCGGGACCGGCCAAUGGAUCGGGAACACGGGCGAGAUCUGGGACACGAAUUUCCUGACUACGAGGCUGUUACUCGGGAGUACAGGACACCACGAAGCGAGGUGAGUGCUGCAACCUUGCGCGAAGCAUCACAAGAGCGCCCAAGACGGGGAUCGAGCCGCGUCUCAGCAAGAAAUGUGCCCCUGCCCCGAAGCAUGGUGGGAAGCAGUCACGCCAAUUGGAAUCCCUGGGAUGUACCCCUUCCAAUGAGCGGUGUCGGUAGUAGUCAUGCGGACUGGGAUGAUGAUAUGGUUAGCCUUGCCCCUAGCGAUAGCAUCAGUUGUGUGGGUAGCAAGGCCCAUCGCAGUCGCAAGCAGCGGUAUUGAGCAUCGUGUUAUUCUAGACAUCGGAAUGUUUUCGCAUACGUACAAGAAUCACAUCACGGCCUUUGGGUUUCCACUGCGCGCAGCAUCAGCGCAGAAAUCAUCGUGACUUCCUCUGGUGAUACUAAAAUAGUUGAAGAGACACCAUUGUAUUGCAAAAUACCUACCAAGGCACUGAGGCUUCACAAUGCACAUAAUAUUUACUACGCCCCACGGCGGACGACGACACUCACACUCUUAUUUGCCGACGUUUUGAAUCCUCGAUCCACUGCAAACAUCACUGGCGCUGGCACUGGGUGAGUGACUUUUUGGUCCGGUUUUCGGCGUCAUGACGCAUUUAGCCUACC